CAUUUUAUUUUUUUAUAUGAAGUUUGACAUUCAGUUUUUAUUUUUGUUGCAGGGAAAUUUUCCUUUUUUAUUAUUAAACAAUUACUAAUAAUAAAAGAUUUAUUUACACCAAAAGCGUAAAUGUUUGACAAAUACAGUGUUACAAAAUAACAUUCUCUAAUUUGGUGAUAAAAACAGAAUACGACUAUGGAUACCUUAUCACCCGGAAACCUCAGCAACCAGAAGCAGCAUUUGGCUUUACGUGUAGCUUUGGAUACUAUGAAAGAUCGUUGCAUUUUACAGCAAAAAAGACUUUCAGAAGUGGAAGAGGAAAAUCAACAAUUACGCGAACGUUUGACACAAAACACCAGAACAAAUAAUAGCAAUGCGCCACACAAUGCUGGUGGAGUGGCUGAGAAUUUUCAAUUACGCUUGCAGGUCUCUGAAUUGCAACGUCAAAAUGUACAGCUCAAUGCUCACAUCAAUAUGGUAUCGGCUGAGAAUCGCAAGCUCUGGCAGCGUCUGUCACAAAUGGCCAAAGAUCAAACAAAAAGUGUAAAGGACAAAGACACCACUCUAACCAAUUCCAAUGUAGUGGUGGGCAGCGAUGAUGCCGUAAGUCCUCGAUCAGGAGGUAAUGGUUCAGCCAAUCAAAAUCUUAUACGCUCUAAAACUUUCACACAACAUUCUCCCAACCCCAAUUUGCGGCACAAACUUUUAUCGACCGAUAAUAGUGGAUCUUGCGAAAUGCUAGAUGUAAGUUUGGAGGCAGAUGUUGCUCUAGAGGUCUUUGGCGACGAGAGUGGCAGACAACAGUCAAGUGCUGGCAAUGAUGCUGUUGUGAACCAGGUGGCUAUGGGUUUUGGUUAUUUAAAUGUUGAGGAUUCAUCUUCUAACUCUCCAUCACAAGAGCAGGACUUUAAUAUAGAGGCACGAAAGUGUAUGGAGGGUUUGCAGGAGAUGCGCCGCGAAGCGAUGAAACAACAACAGGAUUUAAAUUCAGUUUUUGCACUGCUAGAGAGUCGUAUUGCUCUUCAACCCUGUCCAGAAUGUGUAAAGAAAUCCCAUAAACCUGAAAUGGCCGAUAAAAGCCUCGAAACCGAUGAGAGCUUAAAUGAUGUAACAAAAUACAACAACUGUACUGCUAAUGAUCUAAACACUAUUUACUCAGAGUCAUCAGCUAAAGUAAUACCAGUGGUUCAAAGCAAUCACUUGAAUAUAAUACAGGACAAAAUACUAGCCGAUGAAACCAAUAAUAUGUGUCCUAUGUGUGGAAAAAUCUACGAUAGUCAAGUAACAUUUGAAUCGUUCUGUGAGCAUGUUGAAGAACAUUUUCGUGACGAUAACUUACAGGAGGUUGAUCACAGUAUGGAGCAUAAUUUUGAAUUAAUAUCGCAUACCGUAGGUGAUUUCUGACCCAACAGAAAUCGUAUAUAUUUCUCAUCCGAUUUGUAAAGAAAAAAUAAGACGUGAAGAAUUUGAAAACUAUAAUACACAGAUUAAACAUUUUUUAAUUUUAUUGCAUUUUAAUAAUAUGAAAGAAAACUUUUCAUUUUAUUAAAUUUUACCAAUUAGAUUGAAAAAUGUGUAUUUAAGUGAUUGAAUGGUGGUAUUGAAUACAUGUGACAAAUUUUUGUUUUUAAAGUUAUAAAUAAUUUAUCUUAAAUUUAGUCGGCGACUGAUUGCAAAGUUACAUAUUUAAGGGGCAUUCAUAGUUUAAAUAAAUUUAUCGAUUGAUCAUUUUAUAAAUUGUUGACUCCUCAAAAAUGCACACUUUUUUAUUUCAUCAAUUGAAACAGUGAAUCCCCUUAACAAAUUGUUUAUGUUAUUUUUAAUUUUAUAUAAAAAAGUAAAUAAAUAUCAAAAAACAUUCUAUUAAUGUAUCAUACUUUUACAAGGUAUGAACAAAUUUAUGUAUAUGAUGAAUUUCAUUUCUUCGGAUAAUUUACUGUUUUAUACAUACUACAUAUAUAUAUUUUUAACUAUCUAUUAUUACAACUACAUACAUAUAUAUUUUACUUGAACUAUGUUAAACAUAAAAGCUAAAUCCAACUUAUGAAUAAAAUAAUAAAAUAAAUACAAAAU